ACUGAAGAUAGGUAAUUUACAGCCUGGUUCUUGUUGUUUUGAUCUUUAUAGCUGAGAUGAAACCUGUUGUAGCAAAGAAGUCAGCAGCAGCCGCCUGUGGAAGGAUGCAAGCCUUACCAGUAAUGGUGAAACCCAAAAAGAGCUACUCCAAACAUCUCUACAGGAUUGUAAAGCAGGUCCUUCCAGAAGCCACCCAGUCUCAGACGGCGUUGGAUUGCCUGAAUAAAGACAUGUUAGACCGUGACAGACUGCAUGAUAUUGCUGCAGAAGCUGCCAGGCUGUCUCUUUACAACAUGAGACAUGCUAUAACCUGCCAGGAGGUCAACUGUGCCCUGAGACUCGUCUCCAGGACACCCAUGGCAGGGGACUCCAAGUAACAUCUAAAGUGCCUCCAUUGUAUUGAUGGCAUCAGGCCUAAUAUGCUUGAAUAGACGUUUUAUUUUAAUAUAAAUCUUCAGGAAUGAUGUAAACUAAACUGUCAUUUGCACUUAUAAAUGUUUGUUUUCUGUUAAUAUGAAUAUGUAUUAAAGGGACAUUUUAACUUAAAGAU